UGACACGACGAUCAGUUCGAUGCAAAGAGAUGUAGUAUGGUAGUUUAAUAUUGAUUUUCCUGAAAAACCAAGGAAAUUGCGGAAAAGUCCGGUAAAAAACGCUGGGAGUAACUCAUGUUCAGAAUGAGUUGGAUAUUGAAAGCAGGAGCUACCAUCGCUGUAGCUGGCGUUGCCAUGAUAAAUGCUGGUUUCUUCAAUCCCAGGAUUGCAAAAGCUACUUUACCAUACUUGUCCAAAAUCCAACUGAAAAUGUUAAAUGGAUCCGGCAGGGUAUUCACCGCAUCUGAGUUGUGGCAAAAGAAUGGUGCGGUGAUUAUGGUAGUACGAAGGCCUGGAUGAUCUUUGUGUAGAGAGGAGGCUUCACGGCUUUCCUCUUUAAAACCUGCACUGGAUCAAAAAGGUAUUCCUUUGUUUGGUGUGGUUCAUGAGACGAUUGGAGUGGAAGAGUUCAGAGAGUUUUUGAAAGGCGACAUUUAUCUUGAUUCUGAGAAAGAGUUUUAUGGUCCAGUUAAAAGAUGGGAAAAUGUUGUUGUAGGUCUCUUGCGAGUACAAACGUGGAUAAACUUUUUCCGAGCGCGAAAUGGUGGUUUCCAUGGCAACAUGAAUGGCGAGGGUCGCCUGAUGGGCGGACUAUUUGUACUCGGGGCCGCUGACCAGGGUGUAUUGUUCGAGUACCGGGAGAAGGCCUGGGGCGAUCAUGCCGCCCUUGAGGACGUCAUGGCUGCUGUUGAUAAAAUCAAAUCGUAGCUAAUAUUUGUGAUUUUUCUGGCUCUAUGAUUAGCUGCAAGCCAGGUUUCCAUUAAGUUGUAGCUUUUUUGAUCCGAUGUGAAGUUAGGUUUAAAUGUCUGAUGAUGCAAAGAUGAUUCGUAUACUGGCUGUAUCUACAACCAUUGCAAUGAUUUGGUAUUGUUUUAAUGAUGGUGCUUGACGAAGCUUUCAAUGUAAAGGUCUUGCACUUGAGGAAUACUUACGGCAAAGCCAUUCGUUGAGGUUGUACAAUACACAAUGCAACAAUUGGGAUAAUUAUAAUAGAGAUAAUUGUUUGAAGUACACAUAUUUUUCUAUUAAAUAUAAUAUAUUCAUAAAUCAAAA